ACAAACAAAAUGGUUAAACUAAAGACAAGCUGUCGAAUCACAUUCUACUCGACGACACUGGUGCUACUCGUGUUCUUGCAACAGGUCUACACCUUCUGUCCCUCGAUAUGCACGUGCGAAGGUGAUCCGAACGUGCGCACCUGGUGCAUCGGGGCCGGACUCGAUGUGGUACCGAUCCAGCUUAACCCGGACGUGCGCUACAUCAACCUCACCGCGAACCGGAUCACCAACGUGCACUUUACGCUCACCUUCUACUACAAGCUGGAGGUGCUCGAUCUGGCCGGCAAUCGCAUCGAAGCGCUCGGGUCGCGCAACUUCGACACACAGCAAGCGCUCCGCACGCUCAAUCUCAGCGAUAAUGCAAUCGCGUCCAUCCCGAAGGAUGCCUUCCGCGGGCUGCAGCGGCUACAAACGCUCAAGCUGUGUGGCAAUCGGAUCGAAACGAUACACCCGGCCGCAUUUCACGAUUUGCGCAAUCUGAUCGAGCUUGACCUAGCGGGCAAUGCGAUUACCAGCCUCGAGCCAGGCACGUUGCGGCAUCUGUACUCGCUCGAGGUACUGUCGUUCCAGAACAACCAGCUGCUGGAGAUACCGUACGAGCGUAAUCUCGAGCAUCUCGGGCAACGCUUGCAGUUGCUCGAUCUGUCCGUGAACCUGCUCGAGUACAUCGCGAACGAUAGCUUCGUGGCGUUGCGGGAGCUGCGAACGCUCCGGCUUGGCGGCAACAUACUGACCGAGCUCGAUUACAGCGCUUUUCAUGGGCUCAACGGGCUGAAGGCGCUUGACAUCGUUGACAAUAAUCUUACAGUUGUGCCAACACUGCAAUUAUCAAAAUUGUGUAAUUUAACAUAUUUAUCGUUGAGCGGCAACUACUUCGAAAGUCUGCCGGCGGUCGCGUUUCUGAGCCUGUUCCAACUACAGCAACUCCAUCUAAACCGGCUCGAUCGGCUGCAGCGCAUCGACGCGCGAGCAUUCGUGGACAAUGCGAACCUGCGGAUUCUCACCCUGGACGAUAAUCCAUCAUUUGCGAGCUUACCGCUGCGACUGUUUCACAGCAAUCCAAAUCUGGUAGAGAUUUCGAUGCGACGCAACGCCUUGAUCCGCCUCGAUGCAGUUCACUUCCCGUUGGACCGGUUACAUCGGCUCGAGCUCGGUGGCAAUCCGCUCGUGUGCAACUGUUCCCUGCUAUGGCUGUGGCGGCUUACGACCGGGUACGGAUUGCACGAAGCCGACUUUCGGUUGAUUGUACCGGCGGCGGCGGCUGCUGCCGCACUCAUUACUGCGGCCCAGCCGAGCCCUCCGGUGCAAGAAGAGGAACCAUCCCAACACAACGGCCCACUGUACGUGGAUCGGGAUGAGAUCGGAUGUGAUCGAUACGAGGAUGGGCGUCGAACGAGACACCUGCUGCGCGCUAUGACGGAGAGCGAUAUCGACUGUCCGACCCAUCUCGUGACGGUUAUCAGUGCGGUACUGAGCAUACUGCUCGUGCUCGCUACCGGUGCUAGUGUGUUGUACGUGUUGCGGCUAUCGAGACGCCGUAAACAGCUGCUUGCUGACGAUGACGAUCCAAGGCGUCGGUCCGGAGUGACCGAGCUGAUCGUACCUCACCCGCAAAAGGUGGACAAGCUAGAGUUGGAGCGGUACCUCGCGCAGCAACAGUCGCUUGUGCACGAGUACCGGACGUUACGCGCACCGUGGGAGCUUCCACUGCCGGUGAAGGAGGACCUUAAGUAUGGUAGUGUCGAGGCAACGGGGCGAGAUCUAUGCUCCGGGAAUGGGCAAGCGGCGGCUCCUGCGACCGACCACUACGAAUCGCUCGACUACUACCAGCAUCAACAUCAACCAGCAGCAGAAGCGAACUCUAUCCCGUCCCCACAUCGUUUUCGUAUGACUCUAGACCGGCCGACGUCACCGGGGCUACUGUACUGGGCGAAGAAGCACUAGCAGUGUCACGCCACUGCUGGAAUUCGAAAGCGCCGUCUAAAAU